AUGUCUCAAGUUUUUUUUAUUAAACGAGAUUUAACUGGAUCUAUGGGAUUGCUUCGUCAUUAUCCUACUGAUUUGGUUAACAAUGUUCUAGGUGAAUUAAUUAAUUAUGAAUUAGUACGACAAGGACGUACAAUUAUAUCAAAUAUUAGUAAUGAUCGAAAUAAUACAAAUAAUCAGUUGCUCCAUAAUAAUGGAACGACAUUUGAUCCACCACGAAAUUAUGAUACACAACAAGCAUUAGUUUCGUUUAAUGCAAAUUUACUUGAUCAAAAUGGUUGUCAUUCAUCUGAAUUUUCGAAUCAAUUGUCCAUACGGUCACAAAAUAAUCGUGAAAUCAAUCAGUUUCUAAAUUCUUCAUCUUUUAACAAUCUUACAGAAACGUCAUCUACAAGUCAUGCUGGUCUUUGUCGCAUAUAA